CUAUGGUCUGAAAGUAUGGGGGAGAGAUGGGGGAAAUUUUCAUAUCUAGUGCGCCAAAUGAUCUGAGAAAGGGAGCAUUUGAAGUAAACAAGCCGUCGACUUGAACCAAUCUUCAAACCCAUCCAAGAGCACAAGGGAUCGGAAUUCAUCAUCUUCAGAACGGAGAUGGCGAGGAUGGAUGGGAUGUAUGAUCAAAAGCGAGGUUGAGCAAGGAGAAUCGUCGUUGUUCCGUCCAAGGUUUUUCAUGAAUAUCCGGUCCGGACAGGUUUGUUGUGAUCGCCCGGGUUUUGCCCACUUAAUCUACAAUAUCCUGGAUCACUUGGAUAUCUCGACUCUCGCUCGGUUAGAGCUGAUUUGUCAAAGUUGGCGAAAUUUCAUGAUUCGCGAACAAGUCUGGCAGCACGUGGUGGAUCAUCGAUUGGCCGGUGAAGGCACUUGGUUGAGAGAUCGCUUGAGCCAAAACUAUUCGACGUUUGACAUGGCCCAAAAAGACCGGGAAAACGGGGACUUGGCCACGGCUUCCAUGAAGCUCCGACAAUUGGCGUGGCGCAUACAACGAGGAUAUUUAGGGGCGUGGAAAGAUCAAUACGCGGAUUUGGUGAAAAUCCAAGAAGCCAAAUUUGUCAGGGCUAUGAAGCUGAGAGGCCGAUACGUCCUCUUUGCUAUGGGCGGGGCCGUCAUGGUUCGACCAUUGUUCCCCCUGACAUCGCCCACUGUGGAAACACCAGGAUUAGAGGAUGUGCCUCCAAUGGAAACAGGAAACCGAUCUGUGCCCUUUGUGCAAUUUGGUGGUGGUCAUCGAAGAGAGGUGAACGAGUUCGAUAUCAAUGGAAAAUUUGUGGCCACGGUGGGAAGGGACCGCAGGUUGGUUUUGUGGACGAUCAAUUGGACUACCAAAGAGCUCUCCGACGAGGAUAUUCAACUCCAUUGCGCCGUUUCUGAAGCGCACAAACGCCUCAUAACCACUGUCAAAUUCAUCAACCCUCACACUCUAGCCACGUCCUCCAGGGAUCAUACCAUUAAGAUCUGGCACAUCAAACCCGGUCAAGAAGGCCAGGGGUACGCGUGUGACCUGACUUUGGAGCAAACCCUUCAAAGCCACACCCAUUCGGUGUGGUGCAUUGACGUGACCCAGGACUUUAUUGUAUCGGGCUCGGCUGACAAGAUUCAGCGAGCUUGGAAAUUCGAUGGCGAUCAAUGGGUUGAACAUCAUGCAUUCAAAGGUCACUCCACAGGUGUACGAAAUGUGAUGAUAUUCCAAUCGAUGCCAAGUUUCUUCGUCUCUGGUGAUCUCUUGGGCGAAGUGAAAGUGUGGAAUCUCGAGACGAAGGAGAUCCAGUACGAAGUUCCGGAAAUAGAAUCCCAGGGAUGGUUUCGACAUUCCGGAGCUGUGGUUUCUCUGUCGGAAGCCCCCGGGAUAUUAGCGGUCAUGUUCGGGAACAUCCGGAUAGGGUUAUACAACUCCUUAAACGUGGCAGUCUCUUUGGAUUUGUUUCGCAUCGUCGAUGUGACCCCUAUCGUGCCUCAAGGAUUUGUCCGGAGCAUCACCAUGACCAAGUUUCAGUUGUUCUUGGCCACGGUAACGGGUCAGAAUGACAUUGCUGUUCUCGAUAUUUGGGAUGAGCUCAAGUGUCAGAGUCGCCUCGAAUCGAAUGUGGUCGGUCAGGAAUGGCAAUUCAAUCUCAAAUAAUGCGGAGAUGGUAUCCUAAACAAGCCAGAUCAUUUCGUGCAUUGUAAAACUACAAACUACAGACCCUUCCACCUGAUGGAAGGUGACGAUCACGAUCGGUCCUGAUCAAUUUCGGGCUGCCAAAUUGUCCUUGGACGGGGAUUCCAUCCAAUUCAUUAAAUUGGAACCGAUGGCAAGCGAGCUUCCAAUUCGACGUUGUCGUCUCGGAAUGGGCAUUUAGAGCACUAUUAUUGUCAGUACUGCACGCCAAGGAGGAGCUCGAAGAAGGCCAUUAAGGGAAGGGCGCACAAAUGCUGAUGUGUAGCUCGGAAGUGGAAAUGAGACGAUUGGGAUUACUUUCCCGUGUCCUCGAAAAAGAGAGCAAGGUCAGGCUUCGGACUAGAUUUGAAAUUGGCAAUCAAUUGAAUCGCCUCGUUGGCCAACACACACUACGAUUCGGCUUAGUGUCUCGAAAAUAUUUGAUUUAUCCGAGAAGCAAAUUACCAAAUCAAAUAUCUGAAAAACAAUACCCAAAUAAAAGCAUUUUCAUGGUAACAAAAAAAGCCAUACACCAGGUAGUUGAACCUUGGACAUUAUUUUGUUUUAUUUCAUUUUUUGGAGGGCGAGCUUCAAAAUUUGUUGGAAAUUGGGUUGCCUCUGUUAUGUUUUUGUCAGAUAAGCUUAACCAAGAAUAGGGUUGGCUGAAAUUUUCCAAGCGAAAACAUUCGUCUGAUUAGUCCGUGAAAUAAAGUGCGCAAAGUCUGAGCCACUAUCCCACGGUACAAUUUAGUUUGUGCAUUGGUGACACUCCUUCCAAGAAUAAGGGCCAAUUAUUUCAAUGAUUAUUGGCAACAAAAGUC